UUUUUUUUUUUUUUUUUUUUUUUUAAACUUAUUUGGCCACGGUUAGUGGAGUUUUUGUUCACACAGGGAGAAUCUCGUAGUUGGAUGCAGUUAAGUAGAACUAAAUCGUUCCAGAAAUGGCGGCAAUUAGAUGCUUUUUUAAGUUUUCCACUCUAAAAACCCUGUCCUUCAUCGAUCGUCUUCAAUAAAGAAUAUACAAAGAUCAAAUCCUGCUGGAAAACGGAGAAGAGAGGAGAAUAGGAUGAAAUAGAAACUGCAACAAGAGUCCAUAAAAAAAAUUCAAAUGGGUUAUAUUCCUUUUGCUUUUCGGAAACUUCAUCGUUAAGCAAAGAAAGGAACGUUCAAGUUUCCAUGGUUGACAAAAUUGUGAUUGUUACUUCAUCAACACAGGAUUUUACACUCAAGGAUCAAAACGGGUUACCGGAGAAAGUGAAGAAGCAGAUUACGAAGAUUUGGUCCAGCCAAUAAUGGCAGAGGAUGCCGAUGGCCUUCUCUGCAGUCAAAAAAGAAAGCCACCCAUUUGUGUUCUCUUCAAGGAUGCAAGGCAUGUUUUAAAGACGGAUGAGCUUGGGUUGGAGAUAGCCCGAAUUGCAUUUCCUGCAGCCAUGGCUUUGACAGCUGAUCCAAUUGCUUCCCUAAUUGACACUGCAUUCAUUGGCCAAAUAGGUCCAGUGGAGCUUGCUGCUGUGGGAGUGUCUAUUGCUUUGUUUAAUCAAGUAUCACGGAUUGCAAUAUUCCCACUUGUCAGUAUCACAACUUCUUUCGUUGCAGAGGAAGAAACGGCUGGAAGACUGAGCCCUGAUGACCAGGAAAAUGAAAACUUGGAAACAGGGUUUGCUCUAAACAGUGAAAUGAAAGAGUUGAUUCCAAAAUCUAUUUCAGAACCUCCUGGUGGUAGAAAUUCAGGCCUGUCCAAGUUUCAGCAUGAGAAGAGGAAAAUCCCAUCAGCAUCAUCGGCAUUGGUUAUUGGAGGCGUGCUUGGCCUUGUCCAAGCCAUAGUCCUAAUUUUUGGAUCAAAACCUCUCUUAAAUUUCAUGGGAGUUAAAUCAGAUUCCCCUAUGCUCCACCCAGCACAACAAUACUUGACAUUGAGGUCAUUUGGUGCUCCUGCAGUUCUUCUCUCACUUGCCAUGCAAGGGGUGUUUCGAGGAUUUAAAGAUACAAAAACUCCUUUAUAUGCUACUGUGGCUGGAGAUGUGGCAAAUAUCAUUUUAGAUCCUAUUCUUAUGUUCGUUUUCCGUUUGGGUGUCAGUGGCGCAGCCAUUGCCCAUGUUAUUUCUCAGUACCUAAUUUCAUUAAUACUGUUAUGGACGUUGAUGAAGAAAGUUGACCUUGUGUCACCAAGUCUCAAAGAUUUGAAACUCGGCAGGUUUCUUAAAAAUGGAGGUUUAUUGUUAGUGAGGGUGAUAGCUGUGACAUUCUGUGUGACCCUGGCAGCAUCAAUGGCUGCACGGUUGGGACCGACACCCAUGGCUGCAUUUCAAGUCUGCUUGCAGGUUUGGUUGGCGGCAUCUCUUCUUGCUGAUGGGUUGGCUGUCGCUGGACAGGCAAUUAUUGCUAGCGCAUUUGCUGAAAAGAAUUAUACCAAGGCAACCGCCACCGCAUCAAGGGUAUUACAGUUGGGUUUUGUUCUGGGGUUGGUGCUCUCUGUUUUCUUAGGAGUUGGCUUGCAGUUUGCAUCACGGUUAUUCACCCAGGACAUCAAUGUUCUUCAGCUCAUAAGUAUAGGCAUCCCGUUUGUAGCAGCUUCUCAGCCACUCAAUGCCUUGGCUUUUGUUUUUGAUGGUGUCAACUUUGGGGCAUCUGAUUUUGCAUAUUCUGCCUGCUCCAUGGUUCUUGUAGCCAUAGUGAGCAUCCUGUGUGUGUUACUUCUCUCUGCAAGCAAUGGUUUUGUUGGGAUUUGGGUAGCUUUGACAAUAUAUAUGAGUCUUCGCACCUUUGCUGGCCUCUGGAGGAUUGGGACUGGCAGUGGACCUUGGAGCUUUCUCAGAACCUUGUCAUCACCUUUCGAUGGUGACGACCUAUAGCCCGAAGGGAAAUUGUAUAUUCUUAAAGACUCCUCUAAUGGAAGGAAGGAUUUGAUGUCUUGGGAUGAUGCUUUUGGCACUUAUACCUGUGGUAUCUUCCCUAUGUUGUAUAUUAAGUUAUUGUUUGGAGUGAUAUCAGUUCACCUCUCUAUGAUUUCUUACCCUUACAAAUGUUUUGCUGAGUUGGAAUGGAAGGGUAAUUCUUGUAAAAAUCAUUUUUUUUACCCUAUACUAUUUUCUCUCGGGUUCGGCUA